CCUCGCAGCAGGGAAGCAGCACUGCGGGGACCGGCGGGGCUCUCCGGAGGGCUCCUGCCUGCGCCCCGAGUCGGGCAGCGCAUAGCCUCCACCGACGGCGAGGAGGAGGAGAUGGCGAGUCGCAAUCGCCGCCGUCGCCGCCGCCGCCGCCCAAGGCCGACGGCUGAGGUUCCCGCUCUGGGCUGAGCUGCCCUCUCAGCUCCGCUCGGCGUUCCUCAGAGCUCGAGAGCCGCGAAGGCGGCUUGGUGUGGCCCCCGCCGGCUUGUUCGGUCGGUGAGAGCGAGCGAGGGCGGCGCGGCAGAGGGAUGGGCUGCGCCCCCAGCAUCCACGUCUCGCAGAGCGGCGUGAUCUACUGCCGCGACUCAGAGGAGUCCAAUUCGCCGCAUCAGAGCGCCGCCGCCUCGCAGGGCACGGCCGCCACCUUGCACGGGCUCUUCAUCAAGACGGACGCGGCCGACUCCAUCCCUUCGGUGCUCGCCUACCAGAGUCGCCAGCCGCCGCCGAACUGCCCGGCCUACCCGCGCAGGGAGGUGGGCAGGAGCGGGGGUCACCACUGCUGUGGCGGCGUCGAGGCGGAGACCCAGACCGGCCAGAGUAGCGUCAAGGCUUCAACUACUGAGACAGAAAUUGGACCUAUGAGACUGACACAAGAUCCUAUUCAGGUAUUAUUAAUCUUUGCAAAAGAAGACAAACAGAGUGAUGGAUUCUGGUGGGCUUGUAAUAAAGCUGGGUAUAGAUGUAACAUUGUUCGGACACCAGAAUCAGCACUUGAAUGCUUUCUUGAUAAACAUCAUGAAAUAAUUGUUAUAGAUUAUCGCAACUCCAGACACUUUGAUGCAGAAGACAUCUGUAGGUCAAUUCGUGCUACAAAACCUGCUGAACAUACUGUGAUAAUAGCUGUUACCUUACAAGUAUCUGCUGGUCAGGAAGAAGCUUCUGUUCUCCCACUUCUCCAUGCGGGAUUUAAUAGGAGAUUUUUGGAGAAUAACAGCAUCAUUGCUUGUUACAAUGAACUGAUUCAAAUAGAACAUGGUGAGGUGCGAUCACAGUUCAAAUUACGGGCUUGUAAUUCGGUAUUCACUGCACUAGAGCACUGUCAUGAAGCAAUAGAAAUAACUAGUGAAGAUCAUAUUAUUCAGUAUGUUAAUCCAGCCUUUGAGCAGAUGAUGGGCUAUCAGAAGGGAGAAUUAAUAGGGAAAGAACUUACGGAGCUUCCAAAAAGUGACAGAAACCAUGCAGACCUGUUGGAUACAAUCAACACAUGCAUCAAAAGAGGAAAAGAAUGGCAAGGAGUUUAUUACGCACGAAGAAAAUCGGGCGAUAAUAUCCAACAGCAUGUUAAGAUAACACCUGUGACAGGUCAAGGAGGAAAAAUUCGACAUUUUGUAUCUAUCAAAAAACUGUGUUGCAGCAAUGAUAGAAACAAACAGACUUACAGGAUACAUCAUGAUGAAAAGUGUGCAGGACAUCAGUUUCAAUCAGACUCUCACUCCUUCAGAUGCAAGAACAGGAGGAAAGAAUCCAUUGAUAUUAAAUCAAUAACUUCUCAAAGUAGUGAUGCAACAAGUUUACAGAAUCAUCGAUAUUCAUCUAUAGCAAGAAUCCACUCUAUGACAAUAGAAGCUCCAAUCACAAAGGUUAUUAAUAUAAUCAAUUCAGCUCAAGAGAAUAGUCCAGUGACUGUAGCAGAAGCUUUGGAUAGAGUGCUGGAAAUCUUACAAACAACAGAACUCUAUUCUCCACAUUUAGGAACCAAAGAUGAUGACCCUCAUACUAGUGAUCUUGUCGGAGGUCUGAUGAUGGAUGGCUUGAAAAAACUGUCAGGAAAUGAUUAUGUAUUUUCUAAAAAUAAGAACCAGAGCCAAUCAGUGCCAGUCACCAUCAGUGAUGCCCCACCCUGCAUUGCACACUUAUUGGAUAAUGAAGAGAGCUGGGACUUCAACAUUUUUGAACUGGAAGCUGUUACAAAUAAAAGGCCGUUAGUUUACCUGGGUUUGAAAACUUUUUCCCGUUUUGGCAUCUGUGAAUUCUUAAAGUGUUCAGAAUCCACCCUGCGCUCAUGGUUCCAAGUGAUUGAAGCAAACUACCACUCCUCCAAUUCUUACCAUAACUCCACUCAUGCAGCAGAUGUUCUGCAUGCUACAGCAUUUUUUCUGAGGAAAGAAAGAGUUAAGGGAAGCCUUGAUCAUUUAGACCAAGUGGCUGCAUUAAUAGCGGCAACAAUUCAUGAUGUGGAUCAUCCAGGACGGACCAACUCUUUUUUGUGCAAUGCAGGCAGUGAGCUAGCUGUUCUCUACAAUGACACUGCUGUUUUAGAAAGCCAUCACACAGCUCUGGCCUUCCAGCUGACAACAAAAGACAACAAGUGCAACAUUUUUAAAAAUCUCAACAGAAAUCAUUAUCGAACCCUUCGUCAAGCAAUUAUUGACAUGGUCUUGGCAACAGAAAUGACAAAGCACUUUGAGCAUGUGAACAAGUUUGUGAACAGCAUCAUCAAGCCCAUGUCCUCAGAUGAAAGCAACUCCAACAAUGAUAGUGGUGAUUGUGAAUAUACAAACAGUCUCAAGAACUUUCCAGAUAACCAAACAUUGAUCAAACGCAUGAUGAUAAAAUGUGCAGAUGUUGCAAAUCCAUGUCGUCCCCUAGAAUUGUGUAUUGAAUGGGCUGGGAGAAUUUCUGAAGAAUAUUUUGCCCAGACUGAUGAAGAGAAGAAGCAGGGCCUACCAGUUGUGAUGCCCGUAUUUGAUCGAAAUACCUGCAGCAUCCCUAAGUCUCAGAUAUCCUUCAUUGACUACUUUAUAAUGGACAUGUUUGAUGCUUGGGAUGCAUUUGCAUAUCUACCUGGUCUGAUGCAACACCUAGCAAAUAACUACAAAUACUGGAAAAAAUUAGAUGAAUCAAAGUGUAGGAGCCUUCGUCUCCCUUCAGAGAAUAAUCCUGGAAGCUGAAGAGAAGAGAAGAAAAAUCAUAGCCUACCAUGUACACUGUGAACCAUAUACUGGUAUGGACCCAAGAAGGGUUGAAUUUCCUUCACAAUGAAGUAACCAACUGGGAAAUGCAGAGAAAAAUAUUGUUUCUCAAUUUUAAAUAGUUCAAAAUUCUAUAAAACUGUGGGCUUUUUUUGAAAUAAAGGACACACUUUAAAGACAAGAAAUGGUUUAUAAACGCUAUCCUGUUUUUUUGUGGAAUAACAGAUCCUUUUAAGGGUAGUUUUAUAAAAUGGUUGUAGUUUGUCAAAUGAAAUUUAAUUUAUUAGCCAAAAUCAAUUAUAUACAUAAAAUAUAAAGCAAGAAAAAGUAGCUUCUUUGAAAAAAAUUAUGAACAAUAAUUUAAAGUUUAUUUUACAAAAGCCUUGUUCAUAGCAAGUAUUAUAUUAUACACUGGUCACUUUUUUGACCCUGAGAGCAACCGAUUUGAAUUCAUCCAUAGAGACCCUAAUAUCUCAAACAUGGUGAUAUCUCAUUUCCCACUGUAUCUACUUCCAGGAUCUACUGCAGAUCUCUGGGUUUCCUCCUGCCACAGCCAUGGGAGACAGAGGUCUACCUUCAGAUAGCUAGUCAAUCUUAUAAGGACCCACUUGCUUGCUUGCUUUCAAUUAGUAGAGCAAAAAAGCAUAUGUGUCGACCCCACUGAAUGAGAAAUCGUUUCUUUUUUUUUGUUUACAUUUAUACCCCGCCCUUCUCCGAAGACUCAGGGCGGCUUGCAAUGUAUAAGGCAAUUCUUGAUGUAAUUGCUGAUCUGUCAGACUUCGUUCUCAUUUAUACAUUCAUGAUUAUUGUGAUUCAAGCCUGUCUAUGCGUGGAGCCCUCCUCCCUAUGCACGUUUCCCAGCAGAUUUCAUUAUCAGGGGUAAGUUUGUAUGCACAGAGAUAGCUCCCUCACUGGCUCUUUGUUACAUUGAGGACUUGCUGUACACUGUGAUUUUUACACACAAGAAAUCCUUGUAUGUGUUUUGCUUGUUAACUAAUCUUUUAGAAAGUUGUAAUUGAUAUAAAUUCACAAAUUAAACAAGCCCAUCGUUUUCUCUGCCUUUUAAUAGGUAACAUCAGCCAUAUAUGAAAGUCUAGACAAGUAGUAAAAUGAACAACUAGCACUCCAUCUUAAAACAUUUCUUUGCAUUUGCCACAGUAUGU